CAUCAACAACUCUGAGACACGCGCGGGCAAGUGACGGUUUUCGUAGGUAUUUUUACAACCCCGACUGAAAAUAUCAUUUUCUUUCGCCUUUCGGUCACCAAAGACAUCAUGAUGAAUACUCCGGAGGACGAUUGUUACAGUUUUAUCACAGAAUGGUACGAUCCAUUUGCAUCAUUGGUGCGACGUUACAAAAUCACCUAUUACACAGAGGAUAGCUCAGUGGAAAUGUUUGAUAUCAAAGCCCACAAAAUGUUCUUGAAGAGGAACAAGGUUGAUAACCUGUCCAUGAGGGAUCUUUACAUAGGAAGCAUUAUCAACAUCUGUUCCCGUGCUUUACACAUCGUAGACUAUGCCGAUGACUACACACGCAGGAAAUUCAGCUCCAGGAAAGAAAAGACUUUUGCCAUGAUAAAGCCUGAGUGUGUGAACAAAGUGGGGCAAAUCUUGGACAUCAUCACCCAGAAGGGCUUUAUGGUCAGUAAGCUGAAAAUGUGCCAGUUGUCAAGGACAGAGGUAUUCAAUUUUUACGAGGAACACAAAGGAAAACCUUUCCUCGACGACCUAGUGAACUACAUAAGUAGUGGGCCCGUGAUAGCCAUGGAGCUUAUGGGCCAGAAUGCUGUUCAGACAUGGAGAGCUCUGAUGGGGCCCACAGAUCCCAGUGUGGCAAGGAAAGAGGCCCCAAACAGCAUCAGGGCACGUUUUGGAACAGAUAAAACCCAGAAUGCCUGUCAUGGGGCCGACUCACAAGGCUCUGCAGCCAGGGAACUAGAGUUCUUCUUCAGCUCUAAAGGACCAUCUCGUCAGAACACGGCCAAAUACACAAACUGUACUUGCUGUGUUAUCAAGCCCCAUGCUGUACUUGAUGGUGUUGCGGGGAAAAUUCUCAGCGCAAUUAUCGAGGCUGGGUUUGAGAUCUCGGCCAUGCAGAUGGUGAACAUGGAGCAGGCCAAUGCUGAAGAGUUCUAUGAGGUGUAUAAAGGCGUGAUCCAGGAGUACUACGCCAUGGUGAAGGAGCUGACCCACGGGCCGUGUAUCGCCCUCGAAAUACGAUCAGAGGAUGCACCCACAAAGUUCAGGGAUAUGGCCGGCCCAGCCGAUCCAGAGAUAGCCCGACACCUCAGACCUCGCACAUUAAGGGCAUUGUAUGGAAAAGACAAAAUCCAGAACGCCAUUCACUGUACAGAUCUACCAGAAGAUGGCCUCCUAGAGGUGGAAUAUUUCUUCAAAAUUUUGGAUCGCUAACCUAGCUGUGGAUGUGGACGGUUUUAGCAUGUACACAGAACAUCCUGUUUUACUGACCUGCCUGACAGCCAUCAUCUCAAACAGUUGCACAAUAACCACACAAAACUUUCAUAUAACAUGACUUUUCCUUUCUCCCAAAUAUUGGUUGAGAACUUUUUGAAUGCAAAUUAAGGAGAAAACGUUCUAAUGGAAAUUGUAUAAUACAUUUUAAACUUUCAGACAACUUCAACAACAUUCAGGAAUCCAUUGAGAUUUUUUUUUUCACAUUCGUGGAAUUUAUGUAAAUUAGGACACCUGUAAUUACUAAGCUUUUUUUUUAAAAAAAAA